CCCUGGAAUUCGACCGUGUGCGCAUUCGGGGACGUGGCAGCUCGGGUAGUGUAUGAGUGUGUUAGCGCGUGUGUGUAACCCUUAUGACUUUGAUUCGCCUUAGUUUGGCCGCUUCACUACCACUACUGCAAACAACUGAAUUGCAGGUUUCUACUUUCACAUCAGCAUAACCCAACGAACAUGGAAGACGCAAGCGAGAGGAUCAGUGAUGAAAUCAAUAUUUCUGAAAAAGCAGCGGAUCAUCACAAGAACCCAGCGCCGGUGUGCGAGAAGAACCCAGGAGACGCCCAGGAGUUGAGAGAGUCCAACAGCGAGGAACAGCAGGUCAGCGCUCCUCCAGUCGAAGUGGAAGAAGAGAAGCGCUCAUCGCCCGACUACAUAGACACCAGAGACACCAUCAUGGUGGACGAGGAGGAGCAGGUGGAGCAACAAGUAGAGGCGAAGGUGGAGGAGCCACAAGUGGACGUGAAGGUCGAGCAACAAGUGCAGGCGCAGGUGGAGGAGCAAGAAGUCGAGGCGCAGGUGGAGCAACCAGUGGAGGCGAAGGCGCAGGAGGAACAAGAGGUGAAUGUGGAGGAGCCACAAGAAGAGGCAAAGGUGGAGGAGCUACAAGUAGAGGCGAAGGUGGAGGAGCCACAAGUGGAGGCAAUUGUGGAGGACUCACAAGUGGAGGCGAAGAUGGAGGAACUGCGAUUGACGGAAGGUGGGGAGGAGGCGGUAGGAGAUGGAGAGGGUACCGGCUCGAGACGGUCCUCCUCAGCAUCUUCCGAUGCACACGGAGAUCCGUGUGAAGAUCCUCCGAUCCCGCUCGUAGUGGUAGGAACCGUGGAAAAACCAGAACCAGAAGAAGAUGUGGCGGUGGUGGCAUGCGUUCCCGACGCUGAGCAGGUCCUUCCAGAGGCGGAGGAGACAAGCGGAUUCAGCCUCGUAACUCUGGAGAACGACACGUUGGACGAGACCAGCGCGGCUCUGGCAGUAGACUCCGAACAGCCCGACAUAUCUCUUUUUGUCAAGGCUGGCAGCGAUGGAGAGAGCAUCGGGAACUGUCCUUUCUCCCAGAGACUCUUCAUGAUCCUGUGGCUGAAAGGGGUUGUGUUCAACGUCACUACGGUGGACCUCAAGAGGAAACCCGCCGAUUUGCAUAACCUGGCUCCUGGCACACACCCCCCGUUCCUGACCUACAACGGCGAGGUCAAGACGGACAUCAACAAGAUCGAGGAGUUCCUGGAGGAUAUGCUCGCUCCUCCAAAGUAUCCCAGGCUAGCAGCCAGGCAGAGGGAGUCCAACACGGCAGGAAAUGACAUCUUCGCCAAGUUCUCCGCUUUCAUCAAGAACACCAAGCCUGAUGCCAACGCCGCGCUGGAGAAGGGGUUGACCAAGGCCCUGAAGAAGCUGGACGACUACCUGAGCAGCCCGCUGUCUGAGGAGAUCGACGCUGACAGCAUGGAGGAGGAGAAGGCCUCCAGCCGCAGCUUCCUGGACGGGGACGAGCUCACCUUGGCCGACUGCAACCUGUUGCCCAAGCUCCACAUCGUCACGGUCGUCGCUAAGAAGUACCGCGACUACGACGUCCCCGCCGACCUGACGGGCGUGCUGCGGUACCUGAAGAACGCGUACACACGCGACGAGUUCACCAACACGUGCGCAGUCGACGCCGAGAUCCAGACCGCCUACAAGGACGUGGCGAAGCGGCUGGCCAAGUAACCGGGUGACAGAGCGACAGAGCGACAUCGCACGGACGAAAUGCGUCAACAACGCGAAACAAACAGACCGGCAACGACGGCUGAUCCACACGGUCGUUGAUCUCAAACAGAACAAAAGCUUGGGUUUCUUUUGAGGUCGUGUUUUGCGACACGGUCAUGCUUUUUUUAGCCUUAGUAAAUCACAACAGAUCCUCCUACAUAACAGCCUCUCCCAUGCAUAGUGGCACGGAUGUCCUUUUUCCCAGUGGCUUGGCCCCCUGUUACUGCAACAGUGAAGCCUAAGAGCAUCGAGGAAAAUUGGAAAUGAAAUAUGAAGACAUUUAUUUAUAAGAGUAGUUAUGUUGCAGAUUACAGGUUACACAUGACAAGUCCCUAACGAGCCUGGGUUUUAUUCCGUGUAAUGUGUGUUUCGAACCGCGCUCUGUUGUAAUGGGGUCUUAUGCACGUAUCCGCCCGCAAAGGUCUGCAGCCAAACCCUGACACCACCUUCCUGUACCGGUUUUAUUUAUUCCUUUGUCUGACUCCAGCAGACAUCAUGUAUUCAUUCGUUUACUCUGAUUAAUUCAUGAUUUAAGCGAGCACUGAUUGUGUGUUGAAUGGAUUUUAAUCAUGCAUAUAGUUAAUCAACAAUUUAUCCCUACAAUGCUGUUUAAUGCCGAUAAGAUUGUUAAAUGUUAAAGUUUCUUUUUUCUUUUUCUUUCCGUGAGUUGAAUGAGUAAUAAUUAGGGGCAGGGGAAAUUACUUGUUGUGUUGGUUCAGAUGUGAGCAACAACCAACGCGAUCACAGCAUUGAUUUUGAUCGACAGCUGUCAACUUUCAACAGCUGUCAACUGUGCAGGCGCACCGUCUGAUGUCUCCUGAAUUCUGGGAGCUUCAUUUUAGAAUAACGAAAUUCUAUUUUGUCGACCACAUGCCAUGAUUUGGAAAGAAACGAGACAAGAGAAAGAGAAACAAAAUUCAAAUUGUAGGUGCCAAUUGUCUCUGAUUUUACGCGCUGGGGGGAAUGUAUUUCGACCCAAGCGCGCAGCCUGCUGUAUGUUUUCGCCCCUAGCUGUUAGCGCUCGGUCUGUGCGUAUUGGUCUUGUCUUAGGUUACGCUUGAUCUUACGGGCGGAGACAGUAUUUAUCCAGCGGCCCAAUCAGCCCUGAUUAGCCUGCAGAGAGCCAUUAGCGCUCCGAUGAAAACCAGCUUCCCGACCGGGCCGGCCAUGGUCAAUAACCUUGGCCAACCCCCAUCCACCCCCUUCCACCCCCCCCUUUCGCCCCCAGGCCCCCAGAUCACCCAUUUCCCAUUUCCAUCCAGAGUUCAAAGUUCACAUUAAAAAAAAGAAUUAAAAAAUACAAAAAAAAAAGUUGUUCAUUGUCCACGGAGAGUGUAGGAUGGAAAUGUGUCUCGGGGCUUAUGGUCUUUGGCUCAGGUCCCCCCGUGCAGCAAUGCUGCUCUGCGCGAGGAGGAACCCGCGAGGCCCGUGUGUGGUUUGGACUUCCAUUUGAUAUGAAAUUGGACCGUGAUGACUGAAAGACAUUUUGCUCAUUGCAAAAAAGAAGAGAAAAAAAAGAUUAUACGAAUAAAAUAAUAUUUUCAGAGA